AUGGGAUUAGGUUACUCUGAUCUUCAUGUAUAUUUUUACAGCAAAAAAACUGAAAAAUAUACAGGUACUGGCUAUAAUGUGACUGUUAAACAAGAAAACUAUCCUGGAUGCAGCAAUUAUGUUAAGUACACUCACGAAAUUGCCUUUAAUAAGGAUAUUGAUGGUCGACGUUACAACGUUCUAUUAUAUGAUGGAAAUGAUAAAAGUUCUGAGGGUAACCCUGUAUUUGGAUAUUAUUAUCCUAAUGACAGUAAUCAAGUUGUUCAGUCGGUGAGUACCUAUUACUCUGUUUUAGAUCUUAAUUUCCCCCUAGCUGUUACGUUUAAAUGCGGUGGCAACUUUUAUAACUGUGAUUUGGGUAAAUUAAAAUAUGCUGGAUGGGAUCGUGCUUACAAAAUAACCGAAUAUACCUUUCAUAAAAGUUUUAGCAAAGAAAUUUUGGAUGAAGAAUAUAGAAAGAAAUACAGAAACAGGAAAAUCCGAUUUAGAAUUGGCAGUGAAAAGGUAGAAAUGUAUGGUGGUAAACAGGAACUAGGAAAUAAUAAGAACUAUAGAUUUAUAUUUACACCGAAGGGAAAAGAGUCGGUUCUAGACAGUGAAUACUUAUUUGCCAUUGAUUUCUUUACCAAUGAACCAGUAUGCCCUAAAGAUCCAAAUCCACAAAAUCCGGGAUAUUGUAGAAGAGCAAUUGUAGAAGAAUUUUGUAAACAGUAUAAAUACAGACACCGUUGUAGAAUAGCGUCAGGAAAAGAUCUUUGUAAAAAGUUUAAAGAUAAAACGAAAUGUGAGGAACCUUUAAAAAAAAAAAUAUGUGGAAGUAAUAAUGAAUCAUGUCGGACUCAUAUCAAAAAACUUUUCAUUGAUAAAGAAGAAACAGUAGAAAUUAAACACACAAACAAAAUUGAUGAAUAUUUUCUUCGUCCUUUCAAUAACCAACUUUAUGAUGGAAUUAUGGUAUAUUUUGAUAGAGAAAGCAAACAACCUCCCGAACAAAAGUGUAAGCAGAAUGAAGAUAAUAACAAUACUGCAUUGCUGAUAGAGUUUAUUGAUUCCUGUAAUUCGACAACCUGCCUUAAGAGAAUGGAUUCAAACGGUCAUUGGUGGGCUCAAGUAUCAUUAGAUUACAGCGACGACAAAACUUUACAUAGCAAGUUAGAAAAGAUAAAGCAGGAGUACAAACGAGAUACAAUUACAGUGAUUCUUGAUAAAACAGAAUCAUACAUGGGAGUUGAAAAAGUUAACACAACUCCCGGUCAAGGUUAUAAUAAAUACACUUACAUCUUUAGUAGUGCAAAUACACCCAAUCUCUUGUUCGAAAGAGCACAAUUAUUGGAUGGUCCAUUAGGAAAGUUAGGAACAAAAGCUAAACAUGUUGAGGUAUACUAUUUAAAAGCCAGUGGGAAAGAGGAUAAAGAACCCUUUUUAAUUGUCUUCGACCCAGAUGGAGAAUCAAAAAAAGAAAAAAACGAAUGUUACCACUUCAUAGGUAACUACAAGUUUAAAGACUGGGUAAAGUUUAAAUGUACGGAAGAUGGGAAAGCAAUAGAAGAUGAAAAAGAAUUGGUAAAGAAAUUGUACGAAAGGGUCAACAAAAUCGAUACGUCUGUAAGCUGUAUAACUGAUAUAACCACUGUUAGGUGGUACGCUCAUCAAAUAUUAAUAGGUGAGGAGCCUAAAGAACCUAAGCCAGAACAGACCCCAGUACCUACGAAACCAAAACCAUUUGACCCACCUCCAAAAGAGGAAACUUUACCUAUAUGGCUGAUUGUAGGUUGUGUUGCAGCAGGAGUAGUUUUAAUAGUUACUUUAGUCGUUGUUUAUGGUAUCUAUUGGUACAACACAACUAUCAAACUCUUGACAUAG